AUGGCUCUGCAGGAGCUCGGUAUCAGCCUGUCUAUGACAGGUGUAGCUGGCACCAUCCUGAUCUGUGCUCUCCCCAUGUGGAAGGUGACAGCGUUCAUCGGCACUCACCUGGUGGUCAUGCAGGUGUUCUGGGAGGGGCUGUGGAUGACCUGCGUCAGCGAGUACACGGGCCAGAUGCAGUGUAAGCUCUAUGAUGCCCUCCUGGACCUGUCUCCUGACCUCCAGGCGGCUCGCGGCCUCAUCUGCAUCAGCAUGGUCCUGGGAUGUUUGGGCUUCCUCAUCUUCCUCCUGGGUGCUCGAUGCACCAACUGCCUGGGACACCCGAGGAUCAAGGUGCGGGUGGUGAUGAGCUCUGGGGCCAUCUUCUGCCUGGCGGCCCUCACCACCAUCGUUGCUGUUGCAUGGACGGCGAACUCCAUCAUCAGAGACUUUUAUAACCCCCGCGUCCCUGAGGUGCUGAAGAGGGAGCUGGGAGCAGCCAUUUAUAUCGGCUUUGUGACGUCCGGGCUGCUGUUCUGUGGAGGAGCCAUUCUGGGUGUGAGCUGCCCACAGAGGAGGGGACGGUUCAGCUCCAGUGGGUACACGCUGGCCCGGACACCCACUCACAGCUACGCCAUCAAGAACUAUGUAUGA